AUGUCACCAUCCAACAAACCGCAUCCCAACCCCUCCCAGAAGAUACGCACGGAAGAGCCUAUCAGCACGAUGAAAGUUCUAGUGACAGGCGCAACAGGCUUCCUCGGGCAGCACCUCACCUCCACUCUCCUCACACAGGGUCUCACACACCCCUUCCCCUCCCAACUUCCCUCCCCGCCCGCCCGCCACAUCCCACCCACCGACCUUCAAGUCAUCGCAAUAGGCAGGAAUGAAGUGAAGGGGAGGAAAUUGAGGGAGAUGGGAGCGGUUUUUGUGGGGGUUAAUUUAGGUGGGGAGGCGGGAGAGGUUGAGGAAGUGCUUGGGGAGGUGAUGGAGGGGGUUGAGGUGGUGUUUCACUGUGCUGCAAAGUGUGAAUUGGCUGGCAGAUGGAAGGACUUUGUCUCAGCCAACAUAACCGCAACCCAACACAUCGUCUCCGCCUGCAUCACCCACGCCGUACCCUUACUCGUGCACGUCUCCACUCCGAGCAUCUACACCUGCCCCCGCGACCAGUUAAGUAUCAAGGAAGAGGAUGUGGUCUCGUUGAGUCAGCAGAUCAAUUAUUACGCUAAAUCCAAGUUGAUGGCAGAACACAUAAUCCACGCCGCCCUGCAACCCACCCCCGGGCACCCGCACCUAAAAGCAGCAGUAAUUCUCCGCCCCCGCGGCAUAACCGGCCCCAACGACACAACCUGGCUCCCCCGCCUCGUCUCCCGCAUCCAAAGCGGCCGUAUCCCAGUCAUCAACAACGGAAAGGGGUGGAUGGACGUAACCUAUGUCGGUAACGUAAUCGACGCAAUGGCGUGUGUUGCCACCGUUGGGGAUCAUGUCGUAAAUGGCCACACAUACAACAUCUCCAACGACAGCCCAUUACAAAUGCACAGCCUGCUUGCACACCUCGCGACGCACCUGUCCGCACACCCCACACCGAUUCCGCUACCAUUCUGGGCGGCUUAUUUCCUCGGGUACCUCUCCGAGAUCAUUUGGGAAGGUUUUGGGAUAGCUGGGGAACCGACGUUGUCGCGAUAUGUGGCGUGUGUGAUGGGGAAGAGCUUGACGUUGGAUGUGCGGAGAUUGAGGGAGGAGGUGGGGUGGAAGCCGCGGGUCAGCGUGGAGGAGGCUCUAAAAUUGACAUUGGAGAGUUUGGGGGUGUAG